UUUUCAUUUGGUUUAAAUUUUUAAAUAAAACGGUUUGAAGGACAUGUGGUAUCACCCUUCCAUGUUGGUGCCAGUUUACAGGCCCGCAGAAGUGCCUGCUACAGUUAUGUGGCCCGUCGUCCCUUUUCACCAGCAGUCGUGCUUAGCUUUUAACGAUAUUAUCGAUGAAAGGAGAUUCCUGUUGAACAUGUCUGUGUAUGAUCUUGUGAAAGUGAGCCACUUUCUGGAGUUGAGUGAUCAAAAGUUGCUUGGUUGGUAUCUCUCCUUGGCUGCUGAAGAUAGGAAGCUGAUACAAGACGAAGGUGGACUUCUUUAUUUCCUCCAUAGACAUCCUGCUCUUGAAGUGUUUGAACAUAUUGUUCAUUUAAAACAAAAUCACCAUCCCUGUCCAGAACUUGACAUGUCUUCAAUGCCUGAUGGUAGAUCGAGACGGGCCACUUUUUAUUAUAUAUCACAGUGUGUAACUUGUGGCAUAAGUUGUCCAGGUGGUGCUAAAAAGUGCAGUCGUUGUAGCCAGACAAGCCCAGCGGAAAAAGUUAGCAUAUGUGAGGAUGAAAAGACACUUCAGUUGUUGCCGAACAAUGUGCGAGCAGAGCUGAAUCUCUUAAUCACCAAAGGCCAUGCUAGUGAGGAUAUGUCACUGAGGAGUCAUCAGCAGUUUGAUUGCAUGCAAAGCACCUCAGAUCAUUUGUCUGCCAGUCAAAGCAACCCUGUCCAGCAAACACAGCAGCCAAGGAAGAACUCUAGUAAUGUUCAGCUUUUGUGCCAGAUGUGGGAGGAAAGAGAGCAGUGUGAUGAGAAGGAUCUCGGAGUGUUUAAAGAUCCCGCCGCACAAGCAAGCUUUUCACUUGAUGGAGAGCUUGAGAUGCAGGGCACGAGUAAAAGUAUUGAUCAUAAUGUGGGACCUCAGCUGCCAGGUACCAGUUUAGAUUUACCUCAUCCACAAGAGGCGGCUGUAAAGCAGUCUUGCAGUUCUGACAGCACCAUAAGGGGGCACACACCUUCUCAGUGGAGUGAUACCACUAAUACCUCGAUGACUGCCACUAAAGGCAGCCCUGAUGUGUCUACCGCUAAUGAGCCUGUAGCCUGUGGUGCAGAAACGUGUACGUUUCCUGAUUCUGUAUCCUGCAUCAGCAACUCCUCAGAGUGGACUGAUCUCACAGAGGACCUUCAAACUCUCAGUAGUGAGGAGGACCUUGAAUAUCAGAUCAAGACAGACGAGUUUCAUAGUCUGGUUGAUGAAGACACCUCAAGCUCAACAGAGGGAAUUCUGUGCUUUAAUCCCAGCAGAUUAGCUUCUGUCCAGUGUACCCCAGAACAGGAGCUUACAAGUGAAACAUGUAUUUUGUCUGCAAGCCAAAACGCGCUAAAUGGCAAACCCACAACAGCGUGUGAAGUCUGUCCUGUUCGCUUGAGUGUGAGUCAUGCAGUGGAUGCCAGCAAUGACUUUAGAGCUUGUUUUACAUCUAACAGGUCAACAGAAAUCACUCAGGACCUCUUUGUGAAGCAUUGGCAAAAUGUUUCUACUGAUAGUGACUCAUGUCCUGUUAACCAAAAGACCCAGACAAUUCAAAUGCUCACUUCUGAGAAAUGCAUAAUUACUGAAGUCUUCAUGUCUGACUUGGAUGCUGUUUGUGAGGAAUUUGGGAAACUCAGAAUGAUGACAGAAGAGCUAAUGCAUUUAAAGGAUGAAAUGGCAAGAUCUGGUCCUGGGAGUGUUGGUGGGCCCAGGAGUGAGCCACACGAGAGUCCCUGUGGAUGUGGCGCUGUUCAACGUGCUAGAUGGGCUGAACUGCGUCUACUUACUCUGCAGUUUGCCAUGUGCCAACAGCAUUGCUGGAGGUGCUUCUACACAUCACAGGGUGAAGCUACACUUCAGGGAACCAAAGCAUUGCCUGAUGCAAUGUCACAGACCUUGAAGAGCCUGGAAGACAGUUACGUUAAGAUGAAGAACAAAAUACUGGAAGGUGUUCCCCUGGAUAAUAUGAAGCCGCUGUCUGUGGACACUAACAAAUUAACAGCUCCAACAUGCUACGAGCCUUCUUUGGUGUGCAGUUUAAGUGUUUGUUUUUCUUUCUUCCAGAUUUAUGAGACUUUUUUAGAUGACUGUCUACCUGAGACGUCCUUCAAGGAUAAGGAUAGGACCAGUAGUCUUGAAGGAGAUUGCCUAACUAACCAUGAUGUGUUGAAAAUAAACAUCACAGCCAAAGGAAACCUUAACAGAAAUGCAGCGGCUUCUCAAGCAUAUGCUGAACAUGAUUCUGCUCCGUCUUCUGAAACUGUAAACAGUAAGAGAAGUAGAUGCAUGCCUGAUGCUUCUAAAGACCUUAGCAGCAGUGAUGAGUGGUUUGAUGCAGAGGAAGAACUUGGAUAUGAAAGUCAGAGUUGUAAAGAAGACCAAAAAACAGGGCAGAGUGAUGCAAGGGACUCAAAGAAGGAACAAAGAGUGGAAGCCAACAGAAAGGAAGAUCAAUCUGUUGAGCUUUGUGUGUCAAACUUGCCAAACAGUGUUACUGAGCGUGAUCUGUCAGUCAAUCAAGUGUCCCUUUGCAAUUCCACCAACACCAGAGUUGCAAUAGAAAGUGUGAGAAACCCCAGUGAUGCAGAGGCUGCAGUAAGGGAGAUGAAUGGCCGAUCCAUUGAAGGCCACACUGUUCAUGUAGAACAUGUUUAUGAGUCUCCCAAGGAUAGUCACACAACAAUAAAAAAAUCCUGUGUUCAGCUUUCCCAUAAAGCUAGAUCUGCCAGAAAAGAGCCAAUUAUGCAUAGCACAAAUUACUCCGGUCCACUCCGCUGCAGUCUGGAUAAACUUACAAAUUUAUGCACUACACCUACUGCAACUGGUACCUGUGUGCCACAGCACUAUGGCACCAUGGGCAGCUUUGAUAUGAUCAUGUCCCAAGUAUCAGAGCGCCACCCAAAAAUGGGCAGACCGAAAAUCAUCUGUGCUUUGCUGGAGCUGCGGGAAAAGCAUUGUGGUGUUCUCAGUGGCCUGCCCCUCGGAGAGAUAGUAGAUAUGACCUCUGAAAUUCUUACUCAUUCAACCACAUACUAGGGAAGACAUUCUUUGAUGGUGUAAGAUUGAGUGGUGAUGUUGGUUUGGUUCUUUGAGGUACACAAUAGCUUUGUUGAUUAUUCAAAUCUUUGGCUUUUUUUUGUUGGUUGAAUAUGUGGAGUUUCGGAAAGUGUUGCAUGGUAAAGUUGAUUUAAAAUUGUUUAUCGUUACGUUUAUUGUUCAGUUUAGCUUGCACUUACACUAAUUGGAAGUUUCAUUAGGUACAUAUUAUUCAGUCUAUUGACUGGAAUUUCUGUUUAGUUUUAUUUCAAAUGAUUGGAAGAUGGGAUAGAAAGAGAUCAAAUGUACAAAUAAUUUUGCCUAGACUCUUAUGUUAUUUUUGUAGGUGUACAUACAAAAUCUGUUGACCAGAAAGGUGAAUCAUAUGGGAGCUGUUUUGUGUUUUUAAAAAAAAAUAAAUGAAUACCAAUUUUCCUAGCUUCCAUCAAUAAAACCCUUCAUUGUGUGAAAUGGAAGACUGUAUGUGACUAUUUAGUUAAGCUGAUUUCUCAUUACAUUGCUAUCCUCCCUCUGAUUCCUAUUCCAAUAAAAUACCAAUACAAAUUUAUGGUA